AUGGGAUCCAUAAGCAGUCGUAUGCGGUUGGGAAGAAAUCCCGAGGAAGAGGAACCUGCUAGAGAAGGUGCUCCUAGAGAGGAGGAGGCAGUGGAAGCCGAAGAAAGACCGGGGCCGGCAGUUGUCCAAGAAGAGCAGGCAAGUGAACAGCCGGGAGUUUCCACUGGUCAGGGGGGCCACAAGAGGAAAGGCGGCCCGGGAGGACCAAUGGCCAAAGUUCCCCGUAAGAAACUGGAAAAGUCCAGAGGCAUGUAUGAAUCACUUUUCCUGAGGGGUGAGAAUAGUGAUGUAAAGAUCCGUGCGUUUCAGCAGGAGUGGUGCUUGCACAGGACCUACCUAUGCCGAUCUGGGUACUUUUCUAGCAUGUUCUGUGGUGCCUGGCGGGAGACAAAUAUGGACACAAUAGAAAUGCAGAUGCCUGACGAAAAUAUUGAUCGCGAGGCUUUCCAUGAGGUUUUAGGCUUCUUGUACAGUAGAAGCAUUGUAAUUCCUCCCAGCCGAGUCAUUGCCAUCUUGGCCACAGCCAGUAUGCUGCAAAUGGAUGAGUUAAUUCAGCAGUGUGAGGAUAUGAUGAGGGCCUCAGUCAGUACCGAGACUGUGUGCAGUUAUUAUUACUCUGCUGAGAAUUACGGGCUCCAGAGCAUCAGAUACACUUGCCGCCAGUGGCUCUUGGACAACCUGAUGACCCGGCAAAAUGAAGAACUAUUGUUAGAAAUCAAUAUGAAUCUCAUGAAAGAGCUCAUUGCCUCCUCAGAUCUUUUGGUGGUUGGAGUGGAGAUGGAUGUGUAUACUACACUAAAAAAGUGGAUGUACCUGCAGCUGGAAGCACGCACAUGCUCAGGAUCUCAAAGAGCACUAUUGCCUGAAGAAGAGUUGUCCUUUGCCAAGUUCAGAAAUGAGUCAGAUAGUAGCCCUUUUCUGGACAGUGAUCAGGGAAGAGCCUUUGUGACAGUGUUCCAGCAGCUAAGGCUUCCCUACAUCAUUUGUGACCUGCCUUCAGCACACGUUAUUGACCAGGAUGGACUGAUUCCUGCAACAUGGUUGACCCCAGUAUACAAAGAGCAAUGGCUAGCACUUCUUCGGGCAGAACAGUCCAGGGAACUUGGGCCACUGGACAUCUAUGUGUCUGAUAUCCGUGGAAACAGCAUGAGGUGUGGAGGCCAACUUUUCACAGAUGAGCAAUGCAGCUGGACCUGGUCUGGCUUCAACUUUGGCUGGGACUUGGUAGUAUGCUACAUCAACAGGCGCAUUAUAUUCCGUCGCAGUGCAAUGAAUAAAUCCUGUGGCCUUGGCGUCAGCUUACUCUGGCAGAGAAAAGUUGCCUUCCGUCUGCGAGUAAUCUCAUUGGACAGUACUGGAAAAGCUGUUCUCAGAAGAGAGACUGAAUAUAAUGUUCUUGCUCUGAGAAAGGAUCAAGAACUAGAAGUGAUGAACCUAGAAAACCAAGACAUAACUUUCCCCAUGUAUGUGGCAUGCAACUUCCUCUACCUUCCUGGAGAGAGUGGCUCUGGACCGACUGGGGAAUCAAGCAGAAGUCCAAUGAACUAA